AUGCAAGCUGCAGGCACAAAGAUGAGCAAAGGCCUCGCCGUGGUGCUGCUCGUCGUCUUGCUCGCUCUGAGCUCUGCCGUCGGCUUCUGCGAAGCGAGGAGCGGCAGGCACUGGAGGCAGAACAGGGGACCCUCAGUCAGCAUGUUCAGAAGGAAAGGAAAAGGAAAGAACGGCGGCGGUUCCCCUACCCACAGCCACAGGCAAUACGGCAAAGGGCACCAGAGUCCUGCAAUGCCGGCACCACCGAGUCCAGGUGGCGGGAAUGGCUAUGCGUCACCGUCUCCACCACCGCCAUCGCUGCCGCCACAAGCACCGUCUGUGACGCCUUCGCCACCCCCACCUCUGCCCCCAACUUUGCCGCCACCUGAGCAGCCAUCGCAGGGCGCGGUGUUCAGCGUGGUUAACUUUGGAGCUCGGGGAGACGGAGUUACGGAUGAUACUCAGGCUUUUGAAGCAGCAUGGGCAGCAGCGUGCAAGGUGGAGGCAUCGACGGUUCUUGUACCACCUGAACUCGAGUUCGUUGUUGGCCCAAUCUCAUUUUCUGGGCCUAACUGUAAGCCUAACAUUAUAUUCCAGCUGGAUGGAACCAUUUCAGCUCAAACUGGCGCGAGAGCGUGGGGCUCCGGUUUGCUUCAAUGGCUUGAGUUCACCAAACUAAAUGGGAUAUCAAUUCAAGGCAGUGGUGUCAUAAAUGGUCAGGGAAAAGAAUGGUGGACCUAUUCAGAUUCAAAUGACGAUGAUGAUGAUAUGGACUCAUACACUGAUCAGGAGCUGGAGAAGAUGCCACAGAUCAAACCUACGGCACUGAGGUUUUAUGGCAGUACCAAUGUCAGAGUAACUGGUAUCAGCAUCGUCAACAGCCCGCAGUGCCAUCUCAAGUUCGAUAGCUGUCAGGGAGUCAUGGUUCAUAACCUGACCAUCUCUUCCCCUGAGACAAGCCCCAACACGGACGGAAUUCACCUGCAAAACUCCAAAGAUGUCAACAUUCAUCACACUGACCUUGCUUGCGGUGAUGACUGCAUCUCCAUCCAGACAGGCUGCAGCGAUGUAAACAUACAUAAUGUGAACUGUGGACCAGGCCAUGGGAUCAGUAUUGGUGGCCUAGGAAGGUACAACACCAAGGCAUGUGUCUCCAACAUCACUGUAAGAGAUGUCAACAUGUUCAAAACAAUGACUGGUGUCAGAAUCAAGACUUGGCAGGGUGGCUCAGGGCUGGUCCAGGGCAUAAGGUUCUCCAACAUACACAUGUCAGAGGUUCAGACACCAAUCAUGAUUGACCAGUUCUACUGCGACAAAACAGCGUGCACGAAUCAAACCUCUGCGGUUGCGGUUUCAGACGUGCAGUAUGAGAACAUCAGGGGUACCUUCACGAUCAAGCCCGCCCAUUUCGCGUGCAGCGACAGCUCGCCGUGCUCGGAGAUCACCCUGACCGGCAUACAACUGAGACCCCUGAUAGUGCCUCAGUACCACAUGUGCAGUAGCCCCUUCUGCUGGCAGGCCUUCGGGGAGCUGUACACUCCCACCAUCCCUCCCAUUUCUUGCUUGCAGCUCGGCAAGCCGGCCGGGAACCGCGUGCUGUCGGACCACGAUCAGUGCUGAAACUCCGGAGACGAUCCGGGGGAACUCUUGUGGCUGGUGUGAAUAUAUAUAUACAGCUCUUGUUAGGAUGUGGCUGUCAUGGUAAGUACCACAGUUGUUUUUUGGCAGGAAGUAUAGAAUGGUGAUGUAUGAUGCAUGUGUAAGAGAUACCUGAAACAUGAGAAGAAACACAUUUCAGCUAGAUCUGAUAAUGUAGCUAUAUCAGACCUGAUAAUGCAGCGAUGUCUAUAUAUGCAAAGGCCAGGGACACUACCACCUUUUGAAAGAA